CAACGAACGACGCAGAGGCGAUCCAUCCGGGCUGUAUUUUAUUACCACGGUGUAUAAGUCGUAUAUAUCCCUCAUACGUACAUACUAUAUACUGUGCAUAACGCUCUAUCCGAUCGACGACCAACGUACCGGCGAGAGAAGUGCCGAGGAUCCGAGAGUCGGGCCGUCCGUCGUGGGAGAUAGAGAGGGGGGACACGUGCUCCGGGGAUUCCGAGUAUCAGAGAGUACGACGUUCGUAUUUUUUGAGGGGAGGGAAAAGGAGUCGGUGGAAUUAUUGGGGAAAGGAGGGGAAAUAGGAGGAUAGGGGAAAAGAGAAAAAGGGAGGAAAAGAAAGGAAGGGGAAAAUAGGAGGGAAAGAUGAGGUUUCUCUGCUUGCAUGGGUUGGGGUGUAAUGCUGAUAUCUUUGAAGCGCAAACUGCUCAAAUCCGCGAACAACUAGGCGACAGCCACACCUUCGAUUUCCCAGAGGGCGAAUACGAUAUCCCCGCUCCCAAAGAAAUAACAGCAAUCUACCCACCCCCCUACCUCUCCUGGCACCCCCCACACACCCUCGACACCCAUAUCGCCCAAGGCCUCCUCGACAUCCGCACCUACAUCGCCGACAACGGCCCUUACGAUGCGUGUCUCGGUUUCUCUCAGGGAGCCGUGAUGCUCGCUCUUUUACUACUCGAGGAUUCCGCUGCUGCUAUCAAAUCCUCCACCACCAACGGUACCACCAACGACUCAUCCGCCAACUCCAACGGCACCAAUGGCACCAGCACCACCAACGGCUCCUCCAACGGCUCCACCACCCCCCCAACCCCCCUCUUCGACCUAGCAAUCUUCCUCUCCGGCUCUCUCUACCCCCUCGCCACCCCCCUUUUAGCAUCCGGCGCCCGGAUCUCCAUCCCCACCACGCACGUCUGGGGCGGAAAACGCGAUUACGUGACGUUGAAUGGGGCGGGGGAGGCGCUGAGGGAUGCGUGUGUUAGUGAGGGGAGGGUGGUGGUGGAGCAUGGGGAGGGUCAUGUUGUGCCGAGGGGGGAGGGGGGGGUGAGGGCUGUGGUUGGGGGGGUGGAGAGGGGGGGUUAA